AUGAUUACCGGUCGCCCUUUGCUGUUUUUGUCGCUGCCUAGUCUCGCGCUGAUUGUGGGACUUGUUUGGUAUCGCCGUAAGUUUAAGCCAGACGCGGGAGAUCGUGGUGGAGAAAAAAGCAAAGAAUGUGAAAGUACGAUCACAUCGUGCGGUGUCACCACCGCGGAGCAGGAACCGGAUACGAGACACAGCUCUUCACUGCCUAUAUUACGUUCGACGAGCACCAGUAAGACCGCGGAAAACUGGGAAAACGGUUCGGGUUCGGGUCAGUCGUCGGCCGGUUCGUCACGUUCAGCGCCGAUAGACAUAGUCCCGAACAAAAGUCCUUCCAAAAGUGACAUGAACGACUUGUUGGGCCUCUCGCACUUGGAUGACGAGAAUGAAGAUUUCGGCUUCCCGUCUAUUGAUCUGCCCGGUACCGUUGUUUCGCGUUAUCCUAAAAAUCUUAGCAAGUUCAACCAAAUGAUGGAACCGCAAAAGGAACCGGAAAUUAUACGUCCGACGAAAGUAGCCUCACUGCAAAGUGGUCGCUUCCAGCUUCCCGAAGAGAGUGCCAAUGUGUCCAAUGUGGAACCCCAGCUUCAGACCCAGCCGCAGUUACACCACACUGAGAGCGACAGGUUAAAUGGAAACAGCGCAUUGGCCAUCAACGGAGAAGCUGACGUAUUUGACCGAAAAACGGAAACAUUUGACGAACCUGACGAACGCGAAGAUCAAGCAGGCAGCCCACCGCUUAGCAUUUGCAGCGUUCGUUCAGAGGACUCCGGAAAAGGUUCCAGCCCGCCGCAUUCCGUUGGGCCGUCCGUAAACACUUACGAAUUCCUGGUGCCUGCGUUCCUCGUGGCCGGUUUGCUCGGCAAGCAGGGCGUGUUCGUGAAGCAGAUCAAGCAACAAACGGGCGCUAACGUGAUCAUCAAACGCAAUCCGGAUACACACAUCAGCAAGAUUUGCACACUCGAGGGCUCGCAGCAGGAAAUCAAGGACGCGCUGGCGCUGAUUCGGAAAAAGUUCCCGUUGAAGAAAUUUUCGGGACUAACUCUGAAACGCAUUGAAAUCAGCCGCGUCGAAGCUGUUAUUCCGUUGUCCUUGAUGAAUGACACGUGUUCAAGCCUGCCACUGGUGGAAGGAAUCAAUAAUGACGUCGCCGUUAGCUGCAUAAUCACCGUAGGCCAUCUCUUCGUACAUCAGCCUCUCCAUCCGACCUACCUGGCACUGAACGGCAUGCAGAAUUCUCUUAAUCAAAGUUACACGCUAAGCGAGGCUCCAGCUCUGCCGGAAAUCAUUCCGAACGCAGUCUGCGUGGCGUUUGCCGCCGGUACCUGGUAUCGUGCGCAGGUCGUGCAGCACAACGCGGAAAGCAAUUUGGUUUUAGUGAAAUAUUUGGACUACGGCGGCUACUCGAUGCUGCCCCAACAGAACUUGCGCCAAAUUAGGAAAGAUUUCAUCGCCGUACCGUUCCAAUCAAAGGAAUGCGUGCUGUCUAAUAUCCAGCCGAUCGAUGAAAGCCAAAACACCUGGUCCGAAGAGGCCACCGAUCUGUUCCGUAGGUUAACUAGUAAUGCAAUUAUGCAAGCACAAGUAGCUGGAUAUACUUCUGAAGGUAUCCCUGAAAUUUACCUGUUCUCUUCAAUAGCAAAAGAUAAUGUAGUCUUCAUUAACCAAGAAAUGGUUGCUCGUGGUUACGCCAGAUGGAUCGACUGAAUGUGUAUGAUUGAUAUGUAGGUGAUCAAAUUAAUAACAAAUUUAAAAUGCAUAUAUAAGGAUAAUAGCGAGAUUGAAGUUAGAGCUAAUUAAGAAGGCGGCGAAGGAAGAGAAGAGCAAAGGAAUAAAAUUGCACGACAAUGCCGACAACACAAUGCUGGUGGAGGUGUAACUGACUGCGCAGAAGGAUGUCCCGUACACUACGCGACGAGGAAGUGUCCGCAAUGUAGAGAACAAGUGGCUCAGAAGUAAUGCCAACCUCACAUGAAUUACUACAUUUAACAAUCGCUGACCGGUCGACACCGAAAUCAACGUCCUGUUACGGAUGCUUGCACGGUGGGGGUGCUUAUUGUGCGAAUUGAUCAAACAACAAACCUCUCCCGCCCCACGCCCGUCCCUCUUCCUCCGGUGUCAGCCGUCAUCCACAUCCCUCUAACGCUCCUUUCAUCUCUCAUUCAUUGCUACAACCUUCCUCGUUACUGUUACAACAAUGAAAUGAAGAAAACUUGUGAAUACUACGUUAAAACUUAAGAAUGCAAAACCCCGUCGUUCAAGUUUUUUUUCUUCACUUAUCUUAUAAUUGCAGCUAAGGCAAUUUAUAAUUUUAGAGUUAUUUUGUAUAAGGGUAUUUAUGAAAUAAAUUCAACAAAAUUAAUUGAUCUUACAAU